AUGGUAACACUCCGUACAGUUCGAACGAUAGAUGCCUCAGAAUUGGUCAAAGGUGGCCCAGGCGCUAUCAAGAUUAUCUGUAGGAUGGAGCAAAUGGUUGCCAGCGUGGGUCGCUCUGUCGUCCACUGGAAGACCGGAAUGCCCCCAACCAAAGGAAGUAAGAUGUCCAAAAAGGCCAAUGAUUACCAGAAGGCUAUUUUAGACUCCCAAGCCGAGCUAGAAAUGACGAGCAAGCGUCCACGUCCUAGCGUUUCCAAUGAACGUGAACAGCGCGUGGCCUUGGAGUCUUUAGGUCUGGACGAAGUUGCGGCUGUCGAGUACGCCCUAAUGGUCAGUUACGAAGAGGCUUUACAAGCUGAUGCAGAAAGAGAUGCUUUUGAGGAAGUUACCUCAGUCGAAGAUGACGACUCAGCGGCCACAGAGAGUGUUCUUUCGGCAUCUGAUUCACCGCCUAACACUGUGCGGUCGUCGAGGAGCAAUCACUCUGUACGCGAGGAGUAUAUGCCAUCUUCUCCAUGGAAGUCGACUUCUAUCACCCGUCUAUCCCCACCUCAUUCUACGGGAAAAGUUCAAGUCUCGCCACCAUAUCGACCAGAAGCUCUAAUGGUUGGCCCAUCAUCGCCAGCCCAGUCCCCAAUUGCCGAGUAUAUUCGCUCUUCGAAUGUUUCACCGCAUAAUUCCAAGGCGAGUGGUGGUAGCGCUAGUGGGAGCGAGAAAAGUGUCCCUAUACACAAAGAAGAAUUUCCGCAAAUCUCUUCAGCCGGGACCCCAAAAGGUCACUCAAGGCCAUCUACAAGUCACAGCAAGACUCAUUCACCGGGUCCGGACACUCUAGAUUCCUCGACUUCCACCGUAAAGCCUCCUGUCCAGCCUCGCCCCAAGCCCGCGACAGCAUGGAGUUCAAUCGUCAAGUCCUCCACUCCCUCUCCGGCACUUUCUGGUUCUGCGUCUCCCAGUGUCUCCGCCAAGACAGGACCAUGGGGACGACAGGUCUCUUCACAACCAGUACCCUCCAAAGGACAAGCGGUUAGAUCCAGCUCGGCUCUCAGUGACGAAGAAGCUCAGUUGCAGUUUGUACUUGAGCUUAGUCUUGCAGAAGCUAUGACUCGUGGAGAAAC